AUGGAUUCCCACUCUCCCAUGAAAGAAGAAGUAAUCGCCACCUCGCCCCCGGACCCGCCAUCCCCAGCUCUCCACCUCAUCGCCUCACUCCCCUCCGUCCUCCGCUACGUCGACGAAGACAACCGCACCGUCCUGCACCACGCCGCCCGCCUCGGCCGCGCCGAGAUCGUCCGCGCCGCCAUCUCCACCGCCGGGCCAGACGCGGUCGUCGACCCCCUCGACGCGGACAGAUGCACGCCCCUGCACCUCGCGAGCCGAAAUGGCCAUCUGGAAGUUGUGACGGCCCUCCUCGCCGCGGGCGCGGACGUCCGCGCGGAGGAGAGCUUCGACGAGACGCCGCUGCACGAGGCCGCGCGCAACGGGCACGCUGAGAUCGCAAGAGUCCUGAUCGCGGCGGGCGCGGUGGUGGACGCGCCGAAUCGGGACUGCGGGACGGCGCUGCAUGUGGGCGCGAGGCGCGGCAUGGAGGGCGUGGUGGGGGUGUUGCUGGAGGCGGGCGCGAAUCCGGCGACGAGGGAUGCGGUGGGGGAUACGCCGCUGCAUGACGCGGCGAGGGGCGGGCACGAGGGGGUUGUGAUGGCGUUGUUGGAGACGGGGAUGGUCUCCAUCGAAGCGCAGAACGCGAACGAUUUUACGCCGUUGAGUGUCGCGGCACGGCAUGGGCGGGAGGCGAUUGUGCGGAUGCUGGUUGAGCAGGGGGCGGACGUGGAUAGUUUGUCUAAUGAAUAUUGCACGCCGCUGCACCAGGCGGCGUCGGAGGGGCACGAUGGGGUGGUGAGGAUAUUGAUCGCGGCGGGCGCGGAUGUGGAUCUGCAGGACCGGGAUGAGCAGACGGCGCUGCAUGCGGGCGUGAUGUUUGAGCACGCGGCCGUGGUGGCGAGUUUGCUGGCGGCGGAGGCGGAUGUGAAUUUGAGGGAUACGGAGGACUGCACGCCGCUGCACCAUGCGGUGAAGAACGAGAACAAGGCGAUGGUGCGGGAUCUGCUGGAGGCUGGGGCGGAUCCGACGGUGAUUAGCGCGACGGGGGAGACGCCGCAGAGUUUGGCGCGGGUGCUGAACAGGAAUUCGAUCGCGGAUUUGUGGGGUGGUGUCGAAUUUCCGGCCGAAGCGGUGUAG